AUGGAGAGCAGCAUGAAGCAGGUGGUGGUUGAAGAGCUGCUGGACCCGGAGAAGGGCUGCUGCCCCCGGGGAUGCUGCAAGCCAGGCUGCUGCUGCUGGCCCUGCACUGUUUGCUGUACCAAAUGCGCCCGGUGCUGCAUGCCCCGGUGCUGCAAAUGCCCCAGCUGCUCCGGCUGCCCCGGCUGUUCCUGCCUCAAGCGAUCCUUGUGCUUCGUGCCCCGCCUGCUCUGCUACCUGCCCCGCAAGCUCCUCAGCUGCCACCACCUCAAGUGCCUCCUCAUUGUGGUGGUGGUGGUGGUCCUGCUGGUGGUCAUCAUCGCCGGCGCCCUGCUGAUGUGGCUGCGUGCGGACCAGCGGCACGCCGACGCCGUCCUGCAGAUGGGGCUGUGGAGAGGAUCGGCCUUGGAAGAGGAUGUGGCCACUUUCUACCUGGAUGGCGGGGAUGAAAACCCAGCCACCAUCAUCUAUGAUUACAAGAACCUGCUGGUGAGCUACAGAUCCCAGCUCCACCGCGCCUGCUACAUUACCCACAUGGACAAGGACAACAUCCCAGGGCUGGACACCAUCGCUGAGACCUUCCAGCGCCGGCAGGCUGAGAAGAGGCUCGCCAUGCCCCUGGCUGAUCGUUCCCUCCUGGGCACCACGGCGAGCAUCCUCUGCAGCGUCAUCCCCAUCUACUGGGCUUAG